CAGCCUGCCUCUGACCCGGGAGGGCUCAGGGGGCCGGCCUGGAAACCACAACCUCCCUGGCCCCCAGGAGCCAGCCUCUGCCCCUUCACCCCGCUCUGCUCUGUGACAGCUGGCCCGGUGCUGCAGGCCCAGAGGGGCAGCCGGUCAGUCGGUUGGUGAGUUAGUGUGAGUUUCCUACCCGGACAGCCCAGUCCAGCUGGUGGGGCUAGGGUGUGGGUGUGGCACCAGGAGUGGGUGGCCCAUGCCCUCCCAGGCCAGCUCCCAGCAGCAUUAGGACCAGCAGCUGGACACGCUGCCCCAGGGCUUAGGAUCCCAGCUGGGACGGUGAGUCAGCCAGCGGACCGGGCUCCCUGGAAUCGGGACCAGCGGUUCCCGUUGGAGGCGCCCCACCACCCAUGUCACCGGCAGAAAAACUGGACCCGCUUCCUGACACCUUCAUCCUGCAGCCGCCCGUCUUCCACCCGGUGGUUCCUUACGUCACAACCAUUUUCGGUGGCUUACGCGCCGGCAAGAUGGUCGUGCUGCAGGGCGCGGUCCCGCUAGAGGCACGCAGGUUCCAAGUGGACUUCCAGUGCGGCUGCAGCCUGCACCCCCCGCCCGACAUCGCCAUCCACUUCAACCCUCGCUUCCACACCACCCAGCCGCACGCCAUCUGCAACACCCUGCAGGCCGGGCGCUGGCAGGCCGAGGCCCGGUGGCCCCGCCUGGCCCUGCGCCGGGGAGCCAGCUUCCGCAUCCUCUUCCUCUUUGGACACGAGGACAUGAAGGUGAGCGUGAACGGCCGGCACUUCCUCCACUACCGCUACCGGCUCCCGCUGUCCCGCGUGGACACCCUGGGCAUAUUCGGGGACAUCCUGGUGAAGGCUGUUGGAUUCCUGAACAUCAACCCGUUUCCAGAGGGCGGCAGCGAGUAUCCAGUUGGACACAGUCUCCCUUUCACUGAGCGAACCCCGCCUGACCUCCGCGUCCCUCUUCUUUCCUUGACAGCCCUUUCUGCUGGGGAGCCCCAGGCUGGAGGUGCCCUGCUCACGCCCCCUUCCCCGGGGUCUCUGGCCGGGACAGGUCAUCGUGCUGCGGGGGCUGGUCUUGCCGGAGCCCAAGGACUUCACGCUGAGCCUGGUGGACGAGGCCGCGCGUGUGCCCGUGGCUCUCAGGGCCUCCUUCGCGGACAGGACGCUGGCGUGGGUGUCGCCCUGGGGGCGGAAGCAGCUGAUCUUGGCCCCUUUCCUCUUCUACCCCCAGCGGUUCUUCGAGGUGCUGCUGCUGUGCCAGGAGGGAGGGCUGAAGCUGGCGCUCAACGGGCAGGGCCUGGGCGCCACCAGCCUGGGCCGGCAGGUCCUGGAGCGGCUGCGGGAGCUGCGGGUCAGCGGCACCGUCCAGCUCUACUGUGUGCACCACUGAGGAGGGCCCGGGACGAGGAGGGCCCGCCACGCCGGCCCCGCGCUCUGCCACCCCUCGAAGUGCCUACCUGUCGCCGCCAUGCCAGGCCCAGCUCACUUCCAGGGUUCGCAGGGGCUGGGCCCCCCGCAGAGGGCAGGCAGCGGGGUGGGAGGGCGUCUCCAGGUCUGGGCCUCCCUCCCCCAGGAGCUGGGGGUUUGCCUCCGCCUUCCUUCAGGGCUUGGAGAGGAGGCAGGUUGUGUAGCCGAACAAAGGGACAGAGUCCUGGCUCAGGGAUGUGACAGGCUCCCGCCGCCCACCUGACAGUGGGAGAGAACGGGCUGUGCCCACGGACCCCCAGGGUCGUCGUGGCCAGCGUCCCACCGCCCCAGGCCAGCACCCCACCGCCCCAGGCCAGCACGUCGGGGUGGCUCUGCUCCCGGCACUUGCCCACACAUUUCGUUCUUGUGAGAACCCAGGGACGCGGACGGGAUGGAGGACGAGGCGUGGCGGGCUUGUCCGAUGUCACAGAGCGGGUCCCGGGCACCAGGUCAGAAGCAGCUCUGUCCCCUGGUCAGCGCUCAUGCUCAGGUUCCCAUGGACGGUCCUGGGCGUGCGGCUCCCCGGCCACAGCGCUGUCCCGGGAGGAGAAACACCUGUAGGAGGUCAGCCGCCGUGGGUUUGGGCAAACACCGUGUGCUCGUCCAGAAAGGCGUGGGAAGUGACAUCCACCUAGUGGGCAGUUGUGUGAAAUAAUGAGUUGAAAUUGUUUAAUAUGCCGCAUACUGAGUAGAAUCAAUAAAUGGUGGCUCUCACUG